AUACUAAUCAUCGAUCAUAUCGAUUUGCCCGUAGGAUGUACCGUCGUAGUCGCUUUCGCUUGAAAGAAGCAAGAACGUUCACGAUUCUUUGCAGUUUUUUGAGAGGAUGGCCUCUUUCUCUCAGCUUAAACGACGUUUAUGUAACCGAACAACAUUCUUACGGAAACGAAAAGUGUGCGGCUUGGUCUUUUGCAUAGCAACUGGAAUUCUGUUUAUAAAACAGCUUCUCAUUGAAGGUACGGUUGGAGUCUAAAUCCUUCUCUAAAUGUGGCUUUCUGAAUGAAGUGAUAUUUACAGUGGAAGCACUCUCGUAGGUGGACAGCUCUACCUACGGCCGCCUUAACAAAACCCCGUUUUUCUCAACUCCCGUUCAAACUCUGUAUUUUUCCAUUCCCGUAAGCGGCCAGCUCCAGUUACGGACUCUUUUACGCGUCCCGAGGGUGUCCCGCGCUCACGAGAGCUUCCACUGUAUCUCAGAACUAAUUAUAAUCAUCGGGCGCGGGAUGAAGGAUGCUCUGUAGUACAGAGUAACGAACAAACCGCCCAUCAACCUAUGAAGUCUUUUACACACUAUUUUCUAUGUUACGCAAACUGAAUAAUUUCGACAUUGACACAGAAAAUGGUUUUGACCUAGGUUAAUUGUUUCCAUAAAUUUUUAUACAAAAAUUUUGGCGUGGAGAUAGAACGUUUUGCAGACAUACGUAUGGAAAAUUGAUCCAUGUUAGACGCUUUGUUGUGAGGUCAACCUCAACAUGUCCUCUGCGAGUCGAAUUUCGGUUUGUUUACCAAACAACGUCUGUAUUUCGUGACCUGUAUAGAACCAAUCUCGACUCUUAAAUUAUAUUUGUCACGCCAAUUAUUUAUAAAGCAUAGUUAGGCUAAUUCUCGGGGUAGGCCUAGCUGCAAAUAUCACGUAAAAUCGCCUAAAUAUGUCUCCGAAAAUUCCUGUUUUUUUUCUUAAAUAUCUCGCUUUUGUCCAUUAAAUAUCGUUAAAAAAUUCUAAAUAUCCCAAAUAUUUAAACGACAUUAUAACCUGAUAAACUGAUAAUCACUAGGAGCUGGCGAUCUUAGUUUGUCCAAAAGCGAGGUCGCUUGUUUACGUCCUUCACAAAACGUGAAAUAAGGCAUUUUCCCGUCCUAGUCGUGCAGUGACGGCAAAGAAAUCUACAAAAAAGCGUGAUGCACGUACAAAGUUACUGUUUUGCCUAUUCAACCUAUUGCUUUAUUGGCGUUCUCGUGGUCGUCCCCGUCGUUGCAUCUAAAUGCCCCUAAUGUUGUCUUGAAACCGCUCUCCGGGAGAGCAAGUUUAAUGCCCCGUCCACACUCAUCCGGAUAAAAGAUGUCCAGACUCGUGUGGACAUGGCCUUGGUUUGUCAAUAGUCCCGGGGACUACUAACUAAUGAAUCAACCUGGAUUUUUUUUAAGGUGGCUCGAUGGGGUUUUUCAGGGUCAGUGCCUCCAAAGUUUGAGCAUAAACUACGUCGCCAUUAACAAGGAUUUGGAAAAAAUUACCACGACAGCUGUAUUGGAUAAAGAUGAAAAUUUGUUAUGAUCAGAGUUACGAUGACAUCGGAGUUGUCAUAGCAGCGAAAUGACGUCAUUACCUAUUUUACUUACAGCCGUAUUUCUUAGUAUUGGGGACUCUUCUUCCGAAAUAGUUCACGAGAGUGUUUUCCUCCAAUAGCCACCUCGACAAUAGUGAAGUUUAAGCGAAGUUUAUGAGAGCGUUAUUGAGAUAUUUGGGAUGACGAUUUUAUGGUUAGAAAUACAGUAAAAACUGGGCAGUCUUGAUGUUCGGCCGUUAGCGGUAGAAAUCGAAGCGCUUUUGAAAUGCAAUUUCACCUGAGAGUAGUUUCAAUCUUUUUAAAAACGUGUGUGAAAGGUCAUGGGGACUAGCCGAUUGCUAGAAAGAAGGAUUUGAUUAUUAGGUAUCGAGACGCUCUAGUUAACGGUUUUGUAGACAUUUUGGUCUGCUUAAACAAAUGAGCGGAUAAUUUGAAAACCGCCGAUAGAUUUGUUUUAAAAAAAAUUUAGAUUCCUGAGAUAAACCGUCGUUUUAUAUGACGUUUGGGUUUCAAGAUUAUUGAUAUCUUGUAAGGCAGUAAAAUAAGCACUACAUUCGCUAAUUUUUUGUCGGAAAUUUUGUGUUUACAAGUGAAAGCCUCUCAUUAUUCAGGGGGCGUAUUGUCUCCAAGUUUCAUAUUUUCGUACACAACAAUAGCUAACAUCUUUCCAUAUACCAAAUGCAUUGUUAGUUACUGCUGCUCACGUCAAAUGAAACCUGGAUACAAUAUCCUAAAUAAUGAGAGGCUCUCACUAGUUAACACAAAAUUUCCGACAACAAAUUAGCGAAUUGUAGCGCUUAUUUUACUGCCUUACAAGAUAUCAAUAAUCUUGAAACUCUAAGGUCAUAUAAAACGAUAGUUAAUCUCAAGAAUUUAAAAAAAAAGCUGUCGAGAACGAUUUUGGAAGAAGAGCUCCUCGUGCCGAGAAAUACGGCUGCAAGUAGAAUAGAUAAUGUCGUCGUUACGUUGCUAUGACAACUCCGAAGUCAUUGUAACCCUUACUAUGACAAAUUUUCGUCUUUAUCUAAUACAGCUGCGGUGGUAAUUUUUCUACAUGCUUAUUACUGGCGACGUAGUUUAUGCUCAAACUUGGGAACCAGAUGACGUCACCGGAUGCAGCUUUAAACGCCCCAAAAACAACACAGGUAAAGUGGCUCAAGUCCUCGCUUAAUCUAGGGUGCCUACAGUCUUUUAAUAUCUGUAGAUUUAUUUAUCCCAGAGAUCCAGUUGGCAAAAUUUGAGGAAAAGGUAUGGAACGCCAACACUGAAGUCAUUGUAACCCUGACUAUGACAAAUUUUCGUCUUUAUCUAAUACAGCUGUGGUGGUAAUUUUUCUACAUGCUUGUUACUGGCGACGUAGUUUAUGCUCAAACUUGGGAGGUAUUGACCCUGAAAAAACCCAUCAAGCCACCUUAAUUGUUAUUCACAGGAUCUCAACGGCAGACUGUUCACCAGAUGACGUCACCGGAUGCAGCUUUAAAUGCCCCAAAAACAACACAGGUAAAGUGGCUCAAGUCCUCGCUUAAUCUAGACUGCCUACAGUCUUUUAAUAUCUGUAGAUUUAUUUAUCCCAGAGAUCCAGCUGGCAAAAUUUGAGGAAAAGGGAUUUUUUUCUUUCUGAAACCUGAAAAGACAUCUCUGAUUUAACAAUCGCCGGAUGAAGUUUUAUUUCUUGCAGUGUUAACUAGUGAUCUAAUAAAGAUAAUUUUUAUUAUUAAAUAAUAUCAUAAUCACAAUCAUAAUCAUAACAACAAUAAUGAUAAUAAUAAUAACAACAAUAACAAUCAUAAUCAUAACAAUAUUAAUAACAGUAAUUAUAGGUGUUAGAGUGAUUUAACUGGUAGGCAACUAUGCAGUGAUACACCUUAAUUUCAUCGUCUUCUUUUGUUUACGUCUAACUAUUUGGCACUGACUGUAAUGUAAGAUAUUGUUUCAACAUUAAUAUUAACAUCAAUAAUAAUCAUAAUAAUAACAACGAUUGCUAUUAACAUCUAUUUAAUAUUAUUUUAAGGUCCGUACGCACAGGCGUAAGUGGUUCCAGGACACCUUUCCACAAAAUUCCCCAAGAGAAUUCAUUGAUGACUGUCGCUUAAAAGCUAGCCAAGCGUGUGUCCGCUAACUUUAGAAAGUGAUAAUGGCGUGAGCUUUAGCAUCUUUUUACUAUUUUUAUUUCAUCAAAAUUUUAGUCUUUGAUAGUGGAAUGUAAAUUGGUCAUAUGAUGACUGCCGCUUAAACGCUAGCCAAGCGUGUUUUCGCUAAUUUUAGAAAGUCGAUAAUGGCGUGAGCUUGUAAAUUAGUAUUUUAAUAUAACAAUAACAAUAAUAAUAAUAAUAAUAAUAAUCAUAAUAAUAUUUAUAGGUAUUAAGGAUGUCCACAAGAAACAGUGUCAUGAAUUUGAGCUAUUGCCUUAAACCCUAGAAAACAGAAAACCCAAAAGUAUGGUUCCGUUAUGUUUAAAAUUACUAUUAUACCACCCCACCUGAAUUAAGUCUUAUAAGUGCAUGUCGUUGGCUGACGGUUAUCAGAACGGAAAUGGAUUGUGGACUGCAACUUGAAAAACGUGGGCCAACUUUUCCUAGUCUGAUUGCUUUAUUUUCCUUUUGGAAGCAUCCUUUGAUCUUUUGCUUACAGUUAUUACAGUUUUGUAACAGAGAUCUGAUUCCAAGAUUCGAUUCGACAGAGAUCUGGAUUGACUGGGAAAACGAGAUGACUCGUUGAGAAAGCGAAAUUCCUAGUAGGAGAAAAGAUGAGUGACGAAUUUUUUGACACAAAAAUGUAGAGCUGAACAGGAUGAUAUAGCACCUGGGGGCAACGGUAGAUAAAGUUGCAUGAAAGUUUCAAAUAAUUUCUUUUCUAUUUUUUAGAUUGACCACGAAAAGAGACAGCACGAUCGUCUACAAAGGAUACGAAAAUACUGCAACGACUCCAAAAACAACGCGGAAAUAUUUCACCAAUUUCCCAAACGAAACCACUUUAACUUUGUGGUCAGCGACAAACAUAAAUUCAUCAUUUGCUACGUCCCAAAAACGGGAGCAAGUCAAUGGAAAGACUCGCUUCUAAAUAUCCUCUCCAUUCGUCCUGUUACGCCAAAUCGCGAUAUCGACCUAUUUGACUAUCAUCUCUUUAAAUUUCUGAACAGCUAUAAACCGAAAGAAAGGCAAGAAAAGCUGGCUUCCUACCAAAAGUUUUUCUUUGUUCGGGAGCCUUUCGAAAGACUGUUAUCAGCCUAUAGGGACAAGUUCGUCGGAAAAACGACUCAACUGUAUAAUAAGCUGGGCAAAGAUAUAGUCAACAAGGUUCGUCGUUCUGCGGGAAAAACAGACAGUUGCGUUGAGUGUUCUGGGCCAACGUUUGACGAAUUUACGUCAUACAUUGACACAUUGCCAAAUAAGGCCACGUGGGAUAUGCACUGGCGCCCUGCACACCAGACAUGCUACCCAUGCGCAAUCAACUACGACUAUAUCGGUUACUUCGACACUGCGAAAGAGGAUGCUGAUUACAUUUUAGAAAAGCUGCAUUUGAACAAAGAAGUGGAAUUCCCUUCGUUCAAUGGAUCCAGGACACCAGAAUUGCUAAGGGGAUACUAUUCACAAAUACCGCUGGAUCGCAUUAUUAGAAUUGCGGAGAUUUACCGCACAGACUUUGAAAUGUUCGGUUACAAGUACCCCGACCCCAUCAAAAAGCUCUUUAGGGACUGGGUUUGA